GAAAUGCCAUUUUUUUUGGAUUUUGAAGGCUACAGAUCACGGAUUCGGCCUGAGACUGUUAUUCAACGAUGACUAAGUCCAUUAAGCACUGAUUUGAGCGGAUUUAUUACCGGUCAAUUUUUGGCAGAUUGCAAAGGGGUACCAUCACAGAUUUUGGGCGAUUUUUCCAAAAUGUCAUUUUCUUUCUAUUCUAGAGGCUAAAGUUCACGAAAUCAGGCCGAGGCUAUUCUCCACCGAUAAUGAAGUCUAUUGAUCCUAUUCUCCACAGAUGAUAAGUCCAUUAAUCACCGAUUUGGGCCAAUUUAUUUUCGGAUGGCAUUUUCGUAAUUUUUUGGGUGUCGAAAUGCCAUUUUAUUUAGAUUUUGAAGGCUACAGAUCACGGAUUCGCCGUGAAACUAUUCUUCAUCGAUGACUAAGUCCAUUAAGCACAGAUUUGGGCAUAUUUAUUCCGGGUCAAUUUUUGGCAGAUAGCAAAGGGGUACCAUCACAUAUUUUGGGCGAUUUUUCGGAAAUGCCAUUUUCUUUCGAUUCUGGGGGCUACAAAUCACGAAAUCAGGCCGAGGCUAUUCUCCACCGAUAAUGAAGUGUAUUGAUUCUAUUCUCCACGGAUGAUAAGUCCAUCAAACACCGAUUUGGGCCAAUUUAUUUUAGGAUGGCAUUUUCGUAAAUUUGUGGGCGUCGAAAUGCCAUUUUCUUUGGAUUUUAAAGGCUACAGAUCACGGAUUCGUCCUGAGACUAUUCUACAACGAUGACUAAGUCCAUUAAGCAGCGAUUUGGGCGGAUUUAUUCCGGGUCAAUUUUUGGCAGAUUGCAAAGGGUACCAUCGAAGAUUUUGUGCGAUUUUUCCGAAAUGCCAUUUUCUUUCGAUUCUGGAGGCUACAGAUCACGAAAUCAGGCCGAGGCUAUUCUCCACCGAUAAUAAAGUCUAUUGAUCCUAUUCUCCACGGAUGAUAAGUCCAUUAAACACCGAUUUGGGCUAAUUUAUUUUCGGAUGGCAUUUUCGUAAUUUUGUGGGCGUCGAAAUGUCAUUUUCUUUGGAUUUUGAAGGCUACAGAUCACAGAUUCGGCCUGACACUAUUCUUCAACGAUGACUAAGUCCAUUAAGAACCGAUUUGGGCAGAUUUAUUCAGGGUCAAUUUUUGGCAGAUUGCUAAGUGGAACCAUCACUGAUUUUGGGCGAUUUUUUCGAAAUGCCAUUUUCUUUCGAUUCUGGAGGAUACAAAUCACAAAAUCAGGCCGAGGCUAUUCUCCACCGAUAAUAAAGUCUAUUUAUCCUAUUCUCAACGGAUUAUAAAUCCAUUAAACACCGAUUUGGGCAAAUUUAUUUUGGAAUGGCAUUUUCUUAAUUUUUUUGGCGUCGAAAUGCCAUUUGCUAUAUUUUGAAGGCUACAGAUCACGGAUUCGGCUUGAGACUGUUAUUCAACGAUGACUAAGUCCAUUAAUCACCGAUUUGGGCGGAUUUAUUACGGGUCAACUUUUAGCGGAUUGCAAAGGGGUACCAUCACAGAUUUUGGGCGAUUUUUCCGAAAUGUCAUUUUCUUUCGAUUCUAGAGGCUACAGGUCACGAAAUCAGGCCGAGGCUAUUCUCCACCGAUAAUGAAGUCUAUUGAUCCUAUUCUCCACGGAUGAUAAGUCCAUUAAACACUGAUUUGGGCCAAUUUAUUUUCGGAUGGUAUUUUUGUAAUUUUGUGGGCGUCGAAAUGACAUUUUCUUUGCAUUUUGAAGGCUAUACAUCACGGAUUCGGCCUGAGACUAUUCUUCAACGAUGACUAAGUCCAUUAAGCACCGAUUUGGGCGAAUUUAUUCCGGGUCAAUUUUUGGCAGAUUGCAAAGGGGUACCACUACCAUCCCAGAUUUUGAGCGAUUUUUGUAAAAUGCCAUUUUCUUUCGAUUCUGGAGGCUACAGAUCACGAAAUCAAGCCGAGACUAUUCUCCACCGAUAAUGAAGUCUAUUGAUCCUAUUCUCUACAGAUGAUAAGUCCAUUAAACACCGAUUUGGGCCAAUUUAUUUUCGGAUGACAUUUUCAUAAUUUUGUGGGCGUCGAAUUGCCAUUUUCUUUGGAUUUUGAAGGCUACAGAUCAGGGAUUCGGCCUGAGACUAUUCUUCAACGAUGACUAAGUCUAUUUAGCACCGAUUUGGGCGGAUUUAUUUUGGGUCAAUUUUUGGCAGAUUGCAAAGUGGUACCAUCACAGAUCUUGGGCGAUUUUUCCGAAAUGCUAGUUUCUUUCGAUUCUGGAGACUACAGAUCACGAAAUCAGGCCGAGUCUAUUCUCCACCGAUAAUGAAGUCUAUUGAUCCUAUUCUCCAUGGAUGAUAAGUCCAUUAAACACCGAUUUGGGCCAAUUUAUUUUCGGAUGAUAUUUUCGUAAUUUUGUGGGCGUCGAAAUGCCAUUUUCUUUGGAUUUUGAAGGCUACAGAUCAUGGACUCGGCCUGAGACUAUUCUUCAACGAUGACUAAAUCCAUUAAGCAUCGAUUUGGGCUGAUUUAUUCCGGGUCAAUUUUUGGCAAAUUGCAAAGGGGUACAUCACAAAUUUUGGGCGAUUUUUCUGAAAUGCCAUUUUCUUUCAAUUCCGGAGGCUACAGAUCACGAAAUCAGGGCGAGGCUAUUCUCCACUGAUAAUGAAGUCUAUUGAUCCUAUUCUCCAUGGAUGAUAAGUCCAUUAAACACCGAUUUGGGCCAAUUUAUUUUCGGAUGGCAUUUUCGUAAUUUUGUGUGCGUCGAAAUGCCAUUUUCUUUGGAUUUUGAAGGCUACGGAUCACAGAUUCGCCUGAGACUAUUCUUCAACGAUGACUAUGUCCAUUAAGCACCGAUUUGGGCGGAUUUAUUCCGGGUCAAUUUUUGGCAGAUUGCAAAGGGGUACCAUCACAGAUUUUGGGCUAUUUUUCCGAAAUGUCAUUUUCUUUCGAUUCCGGAGGCUACAGAUCACGAAAUCAGGCCGAGGCUAUUCUCCACCGAUAAUGAAGUCUAUUAAUCCUAUUCUCCACGGAUGAUAAGUCCAUUAAACACCGAUUUGGGCAAUUUAUUUUCGGAUGGCAUUUUUGUAAUUUUGUAGACGUCGAAAUACCAUUUUCUUUCGAUUCUGGAGGCUACAGAUAACGAAAUCAGGCCGAGGCUAUUCUCCACCGACAAUGAAGUCUAUUGAUCCAAUUCUCCAUGGAUGAUAAGUCCAUCAAACACCGAUUUUGGCCAAAUUUUUUUCGUAUGACAUUUUCGUAAUUUUGUGAGCGUCGAAAUGCCAUUUCUUUUGAUUUUGAAGGCUACAGAUCACGGAUUCGGCCUGAGAAUAUUCUUCAACGAUGACUAAGUCCAUUAAGCACCGAUUUGAGAGGAUUUAUUCCUGGUCAAUUUUUGGCAGAUUGCGAAGGGGUACCAUAACAGAUUUUGGGCGAUUUUUCCGAAAUGCCAUUUUCUUUCGAUUCUGGAGGCUACAGAUCACGAAAUCAGACCAAGGCUAUUCUCCACCGAUAAUGAAGUCUAUUGAUCCUAUUCUCCACGGAUGAUAAGUCCAUUAAACACCGAUUUGUGACAAUUUAUUUUAGGAUGGCAUUUUCGUAAUUUUGUGGGCGUCGAAAAAUGUCAUUUUCUUUGGAUUUUGAAGGCUACAAAUCACGGAUUCGGCCUGAGACUAUUCUUCAACGAUGACUAAGACCAUUAAGCACCGAUUUGGGCGGAUUUAUUCCGAGUCAAUUUUUGGCAGAUUGCAAAGGGGUACCAUCACUGAUUCUGGGUGAUUUUUUCGAAAUGCCAUUUUCUUUCGAUUCUGGAGGAUACAGAUCACAAAAUCUGGUCGAGGUAUUCUCCACCGAUAAUGAAGUCUAUUGAUCCUAUUCUCAACGGAUGAUAAAUCCAUUAAACACCGAUUUGGGCCAAUUUAUUUUCGGAUGGCAUUUUCGUAAUUUUUUUGGCGUCGAAAUGCCAUUUUCUUUGGAUUUUGAAGGAUACAGAUCACGGAUUCGGCCUGAGAGUGUUAUUCAACGAUGACUAAGUCCAUUAAGCACCGAUUUGGGCGGAUUUAUUAUGGGUCAAUUUUUUGCAGAUUGCAAAGGGGUACCAUCAGAGAUUUUGGGCGAUUUUUCCAAAAUGUCAUUUUCUUUCGAUUCUAGAGGCUAAAUAUCACAUAAUCAGGCCUAGGCUAUUCUCCACCGAUAAUGAAGUCUAUUGAUCCUAUUCUCCACGGAUGAUAAGUCCAUCAAACACCGAUUUCGACCAAUUUAUUUUCGGAUUACAUUUUCGUAAUUUUGUGAGCGUCGAAAUGCCAUUUUCUUUGGAUUUUGAAGGUUACAGAUCACGGAUUCGGCCUGAGAAUAUUCUUCAACGAUGACAAAGUCCAUUAAGAGCACCGAUUUGAGCGGAUUUAUUCCGGGUCAAUUUUUGGCAGAUUGCAAAGGGGUACCAUCACAGAUUUUGGGCGAUUUUUUCGAAAUGCCAUUUUCUUUCGAUUCUAGAGGCUACAUAUCACGAAAUCAGACCGAGGCUAUUCUCCACUGAUAAUGAAGUCUAUUGAUCAUAUUCUCCACGGAUGAUAAGUCCAUUAAACACCGAUUUGGGCCAAUUUAUUUUCGGAUGGCAUUUUCAUAAUUUUGUGGGCGUCGAAUUGCCAUUUUCUUUGGAUUUUGAAGGCUACAGAUCACAGAUUCGGCCUGAGACUAUUCUUCAACGAUGACUAAGUCCAUUAUGCACCGAUUUGGGCGGAUUUAUUCCGUGUCAAUUUUUGGCAGAUUGCAAAGGGGUACCAUCACAGAUUUUGGGCGAUUUUUCCGAAAUGUCAUUUUCUUUCGAUUCUGGAGACUACAGAUCACGAAAUUAGGCCGAGGCUAUUCGCCACCGAUAAUGAAGUCUAUUGAUCCUAUUCUCCACGGAUGAUAAGUCCAUUAAACAUCGAUUUGGGCCAAUUUAUUUUCGGAUGACAUUUUCGUAAUUUUGUGGGCGUCGAAAUGCAAUUUUCUUUGGAUUUUGAAGGCUACAGAUCAUGGACUCGGCCUGAGACUAUUCUUCAACGAUGACUAAGUCCAUUAAGCAUCGAUUUGGGCGGAUUUAUUUCGGGUCAAUUUUUGGCAGAUUGCAAAGGGUACCAUCACAGAUUUUGGGCGAUUUUUCCGAAAUGCCAUUUUCUUUCGAUUCCAGAGGCUACAGAUCACGAAAUCAGGCCGAGGCUAUUCUCCACCGAUAAUGAAGUCUAUUGAUUCUAUUCUCCACGGAUGAUAAGUCCAUUAAACACCGAUUUGGGCCAAUUUAUUUUCGAAUGGCAUUUUCGUAAUUUUGUGGGCGUCGAAAUGCCAUUUUCUUUGGAUUUUGAAGGCUACGGAUCACAGAUUCGGCCUGAGACUAUUCUUCAACGAUAACUAAGUCCAUUAAAACACUAUUUGGGAUAAGAACCGAUGUUGUCGUAUCACUAGAAAAUGGUGGUAAACACGGACUCACUUGCCAAACUGGUUUGGAUUGAGAUUUUUAUCUGGUAUCAGGGAACCAUGUAAUUAUAAAUUAGACUUGAUCAA